GCAGGUGUGUUGCCUCUCCGUCUUCCUCCUUCUCUCUUUUCUCCGGCGAGCCUUCGGCCAUCCCCACCUCCCAGAGCCGGUCCGCCUCGUCCCCCCCACUCCCCUGCGCGUGCCCCAUCUCAGAUGCGCUCGCUCCCCGCCGCCGCUGCCGCCUCCCCCACGUGGCCACCGCCCCCUCUCCCCUUGCCCCCAUGACGACCGCCUCCUCCUGCAUCCCCUCUUAACCUGAAUCCCCUCUUGGCCCAAUCCCCUAUAAUUUGACCUGUGUGCUGGGUUUCUUACUGCCUUUUAGUUCUGCAGGUUGCUGGAUAGUUGAGGUUGACCUGCUGGUGGUGGUGUAUUGCUGGUUGCAGUGGUGUUCCUCUCCCAGGUUGUAGUGGUGUUCCUCUCCCAGGUUGCAGUGGUGCUCUUCUCCCAGGCUGAAGGUUCUCCCCGCCAAUAGCGAACCGUUCUGCCGUUGUACUCAGUAGGACUCCUUGUUUCCGGAGCUUCCUCGUGCCUUCACCCGCCGAGGAGUCCACCAGCCAAAGACCAUGUGGCACCGAUCUGGACUGAUCCGCCUCCACCUCGCAAGAAUCGCCGGCCGCGUUCGACGACCCCCACAGCCUCCUGCUCCAACAGCCACCUUCUCAACCUCCACCUCCGCUUCAUCCUCUUUCCACCACAAUCUUGGACCCUUUCUGGAUUCCAGCAAAGUUCCUCCCUCUCGAAGCCUAUCGAACCAGGCAGGCAGUGAUGGCGUCGGCGGCGAGUGCUGGAGUUGUGGCUCCAAGGGGGCAUUCCUCUCCUGUGGGUCCUGCAGGAGCGUGCAGCCCGUCGAUCCCGCGGUCGACUACUUCCAAAUAUUUGGCCUGGACAGAGGAUACGACGUAAAGGAUACCAACUUAGAAGGGAAGUACAAAGACUGGCAGAAGAAGUUACAUCCUGACCUUGUUCAUUCUAAAUCAGAGAAAGAGAGAGAUUUUGCAGCCGGACAGUCAGCACUUGUCAUCGAGGCAUAUCGCACACUGAGCAAACCUUUACCGAGGGCAUUGUACUUGCUGCAACUUGAGGGAAUACACGUUGAUGAGGAGAAGACUAUCAAUGAUCCGGAACUUCUUAUGGAGAUGAUGGAGAUACGCGAAGCAGUUAGCGAAGCCGGCGAUUCCCAAACUCUGAAGAAGAUCCAAUCUCAGGUGAAGAGUAAGCUCGAAACCUGGUCCAAAUCCUUCCAGGAGGCCUUCGACAAGAGGGACUUCGACAGCGCAGUGGAAGCUACACAGAGAAUGAGAUACUACGAACGUGCCAUGGAAGAAACUGUGAAGAAGCUUUGAUCUUGGCCCCGACUGGGAGCCAUGUAAAUUUUACGCCUUCAAGAAAACUAGACGGAUCCGCUGCGCCUGGAGUCUGGUGGCUGACACGCGCUUAUAAGUUGGUUGCAGGUCGGUUGAGUCACGGUGACAGGCAGGCUCUUACUGCGUAGUUUGACUGAAUAAAGAGUGACUCCGUUUUUUUACGUUGUUUUCCCUGCGUUACCUGCGUUGUAUGCUGGUUGGCUGGUGUGGCCGUGGGAAAUUACUGCAGGCAACAAAUUACUGUGCUGGUUGCUUUUCGUGCGCACGUACCGAAGGCAGGUCAAGGAACUGUAGCUCCCUGUCAGACCCUAGAUGCUAAUUUCGGUAUGAACUUGAGGAGAUCAUCUAUCCGUAAGGCCAAAAUGAGGAGGCCAUUAAGUA